AUGGGCGAGCGAGUGACGAGCCAGACGGUGCUGUGGUACAUCCCGAACCAGAUCGGGUACCUGCGGGUGGCGACCGCGGUGGUGUCGCUGUUCAGCAUGCGGGAGCACCCGGUGUUCACCAGCUGCGUGUACGGGGUGUCGUGUCUGCUGGACGCUGUUGACGGGACAAUGGCACGCAAAUACAACCAGGUGAGCCGGGUCGGCGCGGUGCUCGACAUGGUGACGGACCGGUGUGCGACGGCGAGUCUGACCUGCUUCCUCGCGGUGGUGUAUCCGCAGUGGUGCGUGGUGUUCCAGCUGCUGAUCUCGCUGGACCUUGCGAGCCACUACAUGCACAUGUACGCGAGCCUGAGCGCCGGCAGCGAGUCGCACAAGCAGGUGAGCCGCGACUCGUCGCGGCUGCUGCACUGGUACUACACGCGCAGAGACGUGCUGUUCACGGUGUGUGCGUUCAACGAGGUGUUCUACAUGGGACUGUAUCUGUACGGGUUCGAGCGGUUCGCCAGGGUCGGCGCGGUGCUCGUGGCGGUGUGUGUUCCGGGAUAUCUGUUCAAGCAGGUCGCCAACGUGGUGCAACUGCGCCGUGCUGCGGUGAUCCUGGCCACGGUCGACGCCCGCGACGCCAGCGAGCGUCUCAAACGUAUGUAG